AUGGGGCCCCCGGGCAAUAGGAGAUCAUGGGGCCCCUGUGUCCUCACCCACACUCAAACCACACCCAAAAAAGCCUAUGAAAGGUACCAGGGGUAUCUCAUGGGGCCCCCUACUGACCCUGGGCCCUCGGGCAGUGCCCGAGUUUCAAAAUGGUCAGUCCGCGCCUGCAUAAGAUUAUUUGUUCAUUUAACAUAUUUUAGACAUGUUAUUUAUUUGUAAAAGCCUCCCUUAUAAAGAAUUUCCCAGCAACUGGAGGUUGUCAGUAAUGUAGAAAUGUUU